UAACUGAGCACCACGCCAUUCAGAGCUAGUUGUGGAAACUCAUUGAAGACGGGUUUGUAAAAGGGCGGAAAUGAAGCUGACGUCACUGCCUGAGAGUUGUCUGUAACGCUGGAAGCAAACCUUCACCUGCAGUGUGCUUACAUACUGUCUUGUGCGUUCAGAAUCAAAUGACGUUGAUGUCUGCAUUUCUUUGGUGACGUAAUAAUAUGAUGUGUGUAUGAAAUUAGUCACCAGACUACGUAUAGCUGUGGACGUAUGGAAUGAAAGGAUGGAUGUGAGUGGUGACGUAACAAGCUUGCGGAAGAAAGCAGUCAUCAUCUCCUUUAGCCCCUUCGAUUCAGGAUUAAGUGAAGCAGAUCACUUCAGCGCAUUUUUCACAUCAUCGAGGGAGAGAAAAAGGAAAUCGUGCCACACACUGGACAGCCCUGUGCCAUUGUCGAACCUGCGUUAAUUACUAACUUUCACAUAAAGUCGAAGCUCUCCUUCCCUUACGCAGACAGACGUCCCUGCUGGACUGCGUAACAACUGAAAAAUUUCUAUUGUAGUGAUCGCAUCCGUGCUGAAUGUGCUUCGUAAUGUUUCACUUCCCCACACCUGGUCUAAAAUGUUAAAUGAGUAAUGGACUGUAAAGCCACGGCACGUGUUGUGCGAUCUGCAUCUCACGUCACUUUUUCCUCUUAAUGAAUUCAAGAGAAAGAAAUACAGGCUUCCAAAUAAAUAAAAAGCAUUUACUCUGAUCCAGCCUUCACUC